AGGAGGUAGAAAAUGGCAUUAAACUAUCUUGCACCGUAUUUACAACAAUGAUGGCUAAACCCCUAUUAUUGCAUAUUUUUGAGUAGAAUUUUUUGGUUUAAUUUGUAGAAAGCUGAGACUCUUUAUUACAGCAGACUGUGUAAGGCUAUGAUGUUAGCUGUUGCGUACGCUGCAAAUAUUGGCGGCACAGCUACACUGACGGGAACUGGGCCCAAUGUGGUAUUUGGUGGACAGGUUAACAGCCUCUUUCCCAAGAGUCCAGGGUUUAGCUUUGCCAUGUGGUUUGGUUACGCUUUUCCUCAAAUGGUAGUGCUUCUUUUUGUUGCAUGGAUCUGGAUUCAGCUACUCUUUCUCAAAUUUAAUUUCCGGAAGUGCUUCAACAAGUCAACACUAUCACGUCAAAGGGACACUCGGUCGACACAAGCCAUUAGACAGGUUUUGGUGACUCAGUACAGAGCUCUUGGACCCAUGUCGUUUGCCGAGAAAGCUGUCCUUGGUCAUUUCACCUUGUUGGCCUUGCUGUGGCUCUUCCGUGAUCCUAAAUUUAUGAAAGGAUGGGCCAUAAUAUUUGAGGACGGUUACGUUCGAGACGCCACAGCCGCCAUGUUUAUUGCGUUCUCCUUGUUCGUGUUUCCUUCAAAAAGGCCGAGAAUCUUUGCUCCUGAUGGGUCAGUAAACAAACCACCACCCGGCCUGCUGCAGUUCAAGACCAUGUCAAAGAGGUUUCCAUGGCACCUUGUUAUCUUGCUUGGCAGCGGAUUUGCUUUGGCGGAAGCUUGUAAGGUGUCCGGUCUGUCCAAGUGGGUUGGUUCACAGCUGGCUAAUCUAGACGCCAUUCCAAGUUAUGCAAUCGUUAUGAGUGUCUGUAUUUUGAUCACCACAUUCACCGAAUUCACCUCCAAUGUAGCAACCGCCACCAUCUUUCUACCGAUAUUGGCUUCUCUGGUGAGUAUGAUGACCAUCAAAAAUUCAAUACUUUUCCUCUAA